GAUGAUAAAUUCCGGUGACAAAUUCUAAGACGAAGACGACAAAAACAAAACAAUGAUUGAAAAUGAUUUGACUUCGACCGAAAUCAAGAGAUUUUAAAGACCCCGAAAGGGCGUUAUUUUGUAGGAUAAGGUUUUCGAUCCUUAAAUAUCGGUGUAGGUUCGCAAUUAGCAAGAUGCCGAGCGCUGAAAAGAAGGAGUUACAUGUAGCGAAGAGUGUUGGGGAACUCAACAAGCUCACCCAACUACAGGAUAUUAAAAUAACGAGAAAUUCUAACCCAAAACCAUUGCUAAACUCAGCAGAGAAAGUCUUCAAAAAAGCCUCAGAGUAUGACCUCUUUGGAGAUGAAGAAAAUGCAUAUUUGUUUUAUGUCCGUUAUUUUAAUAUUGUACAAGAAGUUAUGAAGACCACAACAUAUCAGAAAGAUAAGAAAUUCUAUAACAGUCUCAUUGGUAGAACAACAUUGAAUAAAUCUAUUGAGAGAGCAGAAUUCUUAUCAGAAAGUCUCACAAAAAGGUAUAAGAAGCGUGAAGAGGAGAUUAAAUCAGCAGCUAUUGAGAAGGAAAGACAAGCCAAAGAAAAGGAGACAAAUGACAAGAUAAACUCCACCACAAAUGGUAAUGGAGUAGCAAGCAAUACACUUCAAGACAUUGAUGAUUUACUAAAUGGUAAAAAGCUCUCAUCACAAAGCUCUGCUGAUUUGUACAAAAAGUUGCAUGUCAAUCACUCUUCAAUACUCUCACCAAAUGAUAAGAGCCCAAGUGUAAAAGAUGUGUUCAGCCUAUCAUCAGUAAGCUCAAUUUCAUCACCUGCAAUUGAUCCUGUUGCCUUUUACGAACUUCUAAACAGUGCCUUGAACAGUGUCCUUGUAUUAGACACUAGAAGCAAGAAGGAUUUUGAGUCAUCCCACAUCCAUUUUCCCUGUUGCAUAAAUAUCCCGGAUGAUCUUCUCAAAGCAAGUGUGAAUGUUGGUAGUAUUGAACGUAAACUACCAAAGUCGACGUGGAAUCAAUGGAUUGAACGAGGCAGCAAGAGCCACAUUGUGAUUCUCGACCAAAAUACCAAGUUUGAGGACAUCAAGCCUGACAGUAAAGUGAAAUGUCUAAAAGAUGCGAUAUAUUUAUACGAUACGUCAUGUAGUCUCAAGUCAGAGCCGGUGUUUCUUGAUGGUGGUUAUGAGUCAUGGGUUUGGCAUUAUCCAUCCUUGGUCACUAACCCCAAACUUCCCGAGCAGAUUGUGCCAUCUCAGAAUAAAAGUCAGUUCAGCUUGGAUUCCCUCAUUUACCCUGAUUUACCAGUGCUUAAUGAACCAACCAGUCCGAAAUCAGUCAACGGAACAACAAAUGAUCAGGCACAAACGACGCCGAAAGCUCCAGCCAGCAACACACCACCUGCGGAAGCUGGCCCUCGUCAGCCGGUUGGUUCCAUACAGCAGAAUCAUCAUGCUCCACAAACUACUUUUUCCCAAAAUCUACCGCCAACGAUAAAUUCUGUAGCUCAAAGCACUUUAUCAAGCGACGGAAACGCUUUCAAAACUUCAAAUGCCGAUAUGCGUGUUCCGAAAACGCCUGUAACCAAACCACCUCCUCUCAACACUACUAUUCAACAACAACAACAACAACAACAACAACAACAACAGCAACAACAACGACAACAACAGCAACAACAACAAACAGCUCAAGGACGUGGCCUUCAACAACAACCUGGGCAUACCUAUGCCCCAGUCACUUCCAUCAAUGGUGUUACUCCAACCCAUGCCCAAGUACCAGCAAAGCAGGCAACACCUCAAUCUAAGAGUAAUGUUCAAAAUAUUCCAGCACGAAAUCAACCACAGAGCACCACACCACCAACACCCACGUCGAGUACCAGUUGGAUGACCAGUAACAAUUCACCUGCCCCAGGUGCAACACAACCUCAAGUACCCUCAGCCAUAGUCUCUCCUCAACGACCACAGCCUUCAGGUAUAGUGUCCCCGCAACCUCCCUACAAUGUCCGUGGUCACGCACCCUCUAUGCCACGCCCACACACUCCCUCCCCUACCUUACCUCCAACUCACCCACAACCCUCAAUGAGUCAUCAACUCCAGCCAAAUGUCAGCGCCAUUUUACCAAAUAAUACAACCAGAAAUCCUUCAGCUCAAAAUGUCCUACCAAAUGCAACUCCUAAUGUGCCUUUAAAUCCCGCAAAAUCCACGCCAAAUGUCUCAAAUACUACUGUAAUACCUAAGUCUAUACCCAAUGUACCUCAGACGUUCACAGGAAGUCGCACUGGCUUGACGCAUGGGCUCCCCCCCGGCUGGGAACGUGUUUUAGAUAGAAAGACGGGUAGGUAUUACUUCCAAGAUCACAAUACAAGGACAACGCAUUGGAACCUACCUGAGAGCUUGACUCAAACCAUGAACCAGAGCAUCAUGGGACAUAAUACACCAACGGCCAAAGAAACGGAGCCAAAAAAACCAUCCCUGAAAAGGUCGCUGUCUUCUCCUAACCUUGCAAAAAUUGACACGGAAGAGGUGAAUGGUAACACUACAAGAAGUGCCCCAACCCGUCCGGUUAUAAACCGUAGAACGAAGCCACUCACAGAAUCACAACUUGCCAAUCUUGAUCCAAACCAUGGUGGUCAGGGAAAGGCAUUGACCGGCUUGAGAAAUCUUGGAAAUUCCUGUUACAUGAAUUCCGUGUUGCAGUGCCUUCUUGCCACCGCCCCCCUGGCGAAGUAUAUACUAGAGUCUGUUUACGUAGAGGAUAUCAAUAAGACUAAUCCGCUAGGAACUGGGGGUCGUAUAGCAGAAGAACUCGCGGUGCUGACGAGAGUAGCUCACUCGGGAAAUUAUCGCUCAGUCUCGCCGUAUGAGUUCAAGAGAACCAUUGGGAGGUUUGCUCCCGAGUUUGGCGGCACGAAACAGCAGGAUUCGCAAGAAUUUCUCCUGGUGGUUCUUGACCAAUUUCACGAGGACACAAAUCGGGUCAUCAAGAAAGCGUAUAUUGAAGAAAAAAGUAAUGAUGGGUUACCCGACACAGUUGCAGCAAGAUUAGCUUGGGAUAAUCACAAGAAACGUAACCAAUCUAUUAUUGUGGAAUUAUUCCAGGGUCUGUUUAAAUCGACUCUGACCUGCUCAGUCUGCAAUAAACAGAGUGUGACCUUUGAAGCAUUCAUGUCGCUCACACUACCAAUUCCAACCAACGCGUCCUGUCAAAUUGAGGAUUGUAUUCGGCUGUUUACGACAAGAGAGAAAGUUAGCAGAGACAACAAAUGGUUUUGCCCAAGAUGCAAACAGCAUCGUGAGGCAUGGAAGACGAUGGAGAUCUGGAAACUACCUCCGAUACUCAUUGUACAUUUCAACAGAUUUAAACGUGAUUUGGACGGAUCGUGGCUGGAGAAACGUCAAACCAACGUUCAUUUUCCAAGCACAAAACUUGAUCUGUCCAGGUUCGUUCUUGGUCCUAACAAAACGUUGCGCUACAACCUGUACGGCGUCUCGAAUCAUUACGGUUCGAUGACAAGUGGCCAUUACACCGCGUUUUGUCGAAAUAUUUACGACAACAAAUGGUACAAAUUUGACGACAGUGACGUCACAUCGAUGUCGGAAUCAAGCGUCAAGUCACCAGCGGCCUACAUUCUCUGCUACACCUCAGUGGAAUUCGGCAGACCGUGAGUGACGUCUGAUCGAUCGAUAUCAACUGCGUGCUUAAUUUCGUGCCUUUUUCGGAAAAACGUGACUCCUGAACUUUUGUAAAUACCAUAUAUAAAUAAUAGCCCAGGGUGCAUUCCUUUCCUAAAAUUGAAUAUCUUUGGCAUAAACCCAUACUUGUGUUGCUGUAUUGGCGUAUAAUUAGAAAAUUAAACGAGAUUUACCUGUAAAGUCGAAGUUUGAUUGCGAUUCUGCCGAAUCACCCAAACGCUAAACAAAACGUUGCGUGAUCGCUGUGCUUCCUACGUGAUUGCCAAGCGCAGCGGAUAGUGAGGUAUAAUCGCUAAAAGCACGUAUACACACCUUUUAUAAUUUAUGCGAUUUUCUUCUUUUGAUGGAUGUGAACGAGUAGUUAGUUACGAAAGCUCUGAUGUAUAAGAGCUCUUAUUUGAACAUCCGUAACUAAUUCACAUGUUCACAUCCAUCAAAAGAAGAAAAUGUCAAUAUGCUGGCGAAACUGAACGAGAGUAAUUUAACUAGUGAGACUGAAAGAAUGAAACAUAGACGAUCCUUUUCUCAUCCAAAUACGUGGCGUAGAAAGAUACAUUUCGAAACAUUCGACAGGACGAUCGUACGGAAUGCACCCUGUCUUGUCUUGUCCCUGAAUUACUAGUAGCGAAGUUCAGGUUGAUUUCCCCUACCAUCACCGCUUCCAUUGGGAGAACAUGAACCAAUCAUAUGCGAUAUGUCUGUGAGAUUAACCAAUCACGAGCGCAAUUGAUCAGAGAGGAGGGAACAUGAACCAAUCAAAUGCGUUAUGUCUGUGAGAUUAACCAAUCACGAGCGCAAUAGAUCAGAGAGGAGGGAACAUAAACCAAUCAAAUGCGUUAUGUCUAUGAGAUUAACCAAUCACGAGCGUUAUAGAUCAGAGGGGAGGGAACAUGAGCCAAUCAAAUGCGAUAUUGUCUAUGAGAUUAACCAAUCACGAGCGCAAUAGAUCAGAGAGGAGGGAACAUGAACCAAUCAAAUGCGUUAUGUCUGUGAGAUUAACCAAUCACGAGCGCAAUAGAUCAAGGAGUGAAAGUGGAUGUCAAAUCUGAACUUCGAUGUAAAAAUGUAGAUACAAAGUAAAUGAGACAUAUUACUGAAUGUUCAAAACAAAAUAUUCACAUUUGCUGUGCUAUUAUAUAAAGUGGGAACACA